AUGGCCGCCCGAGAUUCGACACAAUCAUCGUUCCCAAAUCCGCAUGCGGCCAAGCGGAAAUUUGACAACGACAGUCAUGACCCAAGUCCCAAGAAACGACGAGCGGCCGACGCUCAGCUCCCAAAUCGAACGCCGAAUCGAACACACAACCCGGCGCAAACAACCAGCAACUACGGCCAAAUUCACAAUCCUCUUCUUGCCAAGCUGAGCGGCAAAUUUGAAAUCAAAACCAUGUCCGUAUUACCUUCAACCAGUAUCCGCAAACAUGUCGACCGCGCCCUUGGACACCUCGGCCGCUUCAGCAUCUGGGACAAGAGCGUGCUUCCGGGCGUCGUUCUCCUCUGUGCUAAGUCGUCCGCGUCCACCAAACUCAUAACGAUAGCCGAAAUCAUUCGACGGCGCAUCGGAGAGAGCGAGCAGAAGUGGUUUCAGUAUAACGUGCCGAAAGAAACGGUCAUAGAAGAGCCACCGCCGUCGGAGGACCCCUCAGUCGUAGAGGACACAUACAUGGAUGUUGAUAAGGAAGGGGGCGACGACACAGAUGGCGAGUACUUCGAGACGAGACAACCGACCAUCCAUGAGCAAGCGGUGCAGCCAGCGAAGGUCAGGUACGAAGCACACGUAGUCAUCCUGCUCUCAAGGUUGCCGCUGGACGAGCUGGCAGCUGAGCCCAACGUUUCGUCACAAACAAACGAGAGAAGCAUCGAACAUCUGCGGAAGAAAAAGAUGGGACUGCUUGGCUAG